AUGUCUGGAAUCACAGGCAGUAAUGGAUCUGGCUGGGCCUUUGGAGGAGGAGUGCCCAUGGGAGGUGCUGGUCUGCAAAAUCAAGGUCGUCAACUUGGAGGAAACGUGAGCUUUGCACAGAGCUUAAGCGGGUCGCAACCGGCAACACCGCUGGACCUUUCAUGGACAAUCACUUCACCUCCCCUGCCCCUACCCUGUGUUUACCUCCGCGAUGACCUCCCCCUUCUCCUUCUACUUCCCCUUUCCACAACGGCUACACUUGUCACAAGCCGACCCUCAUACCCCAUACUCAUCUCAUACCUCACACCUCACACCUCAUACCGAGUCGCCCUGUUCUUCUUGCCCUUGCAAAGUCGUCAUCUCUUGUUACCUCCCACAACAAUGAGAAAAAAGCAUCGGCUGGUUAGAAAGAGAGCCACAGCAAAGGAGAAGAUGGGUUCACCUGCUUCCCCUGCUGAAUUGCCUAAAAAGGGCUACGCUGAGGUUCUCAAGAACGAAUUUCCGUCUCUCUCCAACAACGCCCAUAUGAACACGAGCGGUCAAUCGAACAUGUGGUCAUCAACAGCAUCGCGGAACCUGGGCGGCGGUGGCGGCCCUGUACCGCGCAACCAGCAGUCGACACCACUUUCGGCACAGAGCACUCAGGAUGAGUUGUUUCCCCCUACGUCGGCUCGCCAAGGCGCCUUCCGCUUCGGUGGCCAGAGCAGUGGAGGCCCAGCCCCUCAGGCGCAAUCCAACCCGGUAGAUGACUUCCCGCCUCUGAACAGGAAUGCGAACGGUGAGAUUGGUGGCGAGCGUGGCGCCAACCUGAUGCCUUCUCUGGGCUUUGGCAACCAAGCGAGCCCCUCCCCCGCAGCGAUACCUCCCCGAAGUGCAGGCGCAGGUAAUGGUCUGCUUAACGCGCUAUCCGCGAAUAGUAGACCAGAUGGCCGCUCCCCGUCAAUUGUCAGCGUACAGGACCUACCAAGAACACAAGACGGAUCUACCGAGAAGAGCGGUCUUCUCCGCGAAGAAACAACCGGUGACAGCUCAGCUCAAGCCGCCGAGAGCCGAAACCCCCUAGGAGCUAUCGGUAAUGACUCGGUCACCGGCAAGGCCAAGGAUGAGAACGAUGCCCAGUCACCCGAGGUCCAGGAUCCGCUGGCAGGAAUGGCGCCCAUCGACAAGUUCGGCAUGAAGGGCCUGCGUGUUCUCAUGAACAACUACCCCAGCUACGGAGCGCUCAUGCAGGGGAUGGAUCCCAACGAGUUUGGUCUGAACGUCAACUCGUCAGAUCUCAUCUCGACGCAGAUUUACUCCCUCUUCGACGACACGCCGCCUCGUCCUGCGAUCCCCAGCGUUCGUCUGCCAGAGUGCUACAAAGUGACCAACGUCCAGCCCAUCGACACAAAGAUCCCGUCGUUCAACGAGGAGACCCUCUUUUGGAUCUUUUACAGCUGCACGCAGGACAUCAAGCAGCACUUGGCUGCCAUCGAGCUACACAACAGAAACUGGCGGUGGCACAAGAAGUUGCAAGUCUGGCUGACAAAGGAUGAGCUUAUGAUGCCCACCAACAUUGCCCCUCACCUCGAGCGCGGCUACUACAUCGUCUGGGACACCACCAACUGGCGGAAGGAGCGGAGAGAGCUCACGCUCCACUACGGUGAUCUCGCGGCGAAUCUGCUUUCUCGGUGGGUUGACGAGGCUUGGAAUGGUCUAAUACCUGAGCACUGGGCAUUUCACCCGACAGGCGUUGGGUUCAUGUUGAUACGGCAACGUUUUACAGGCUUCCGGAUUGAAGCUGGGCUAGGCGGAUGGCAAAAGCUGCCUAACACUGCUUUCACCGCUGUCUCAUGCUCUGCUCCCUUUGGCAACAUGUGUGAUUCUACCUGCCAACGAAAUGCUGUGGUGAUGCUUGGAAGUUGUGGUUACAGCGGCCGGGGAAGCGCUGAUGAACUCAUCAACUCCAUUCGAGCUGCUGACGGACUCCACGUAUCUGUUCCGACCACAUCCCUUCUCCCCCGCGUAGCAGCCACACGCUCCUCCACUUCCCCAAACCACGAUCACAAUUUCUCCAAGGCGUGUACCAACCCAAUUGCCGCGACCGAGAGAAUCCCUACCUACUCGCCCCUAACGAACGCACGCAACCUCAACAAGAGAGUGCCGAUCAGACCGGAUCCGACGCAACCCUCAACCACUGAAAUACACGCACACGCACACGUCGCAAGCAUGGCCAACGAGCAGAUCUCACUCCCAUACCUGGUGGUGAUCUUGCUGGUGACGGCGUUCGUUAUUCGGUUCCUCUUCUUCUCCCCCGCCCCGCCGCCGGCGCCGCGGCAGAGUGCUCAGUCGGUGCUGCGCAUACGUGAGGCGGCGGUUGAGAGGAUACAACAGAUGUUCCCGCAGGUGGACCGGCGGACCAUUCUCUGGGACCUGCAGAGGAACGGGGGCAAUAUUCAAGGAACGUCGGAGAGGAUCCUUGCAGGCAGGAUGGAGACGCCUCCCAUCACGUUUCAGCCCCCUUCCCCGCCGGGAGCCAACAACGCGUCAGCGAGCUCCUCGGCACCGGCCAAGGCACCUGAAAAGCCGACGCAGCCAGACCUGAUUACGAGGUACAAGCUGCAGGGCAAGAUCGCAGCGCAGCAGCGGCAGCAGGCCGAGGCAGACGCCGCGGCGGAGAGAGAGAAGGCUAGCAGGGGAUGGAGCUCGAACCGGGACGAAAGGCAGUCGCUUCUGCAGAAGAGGAGGGACGAGAUGAUUCUUGCGGCUAGGCGGAAGAUGGAGGCCAAGAUUGCUGCGGAGAAGGCCUCGAGCUGA